CUGCUCUGCCAGUCAGCUAAUUUGUCUGAUAUCCGACCCGGACAGAUCGCGUUGGCCUGAGGUGAAAAGAGGAGAUCUGGGAUAUAGACACAAUGUUGGUCCCCAUAUUUACUCUGAAGCUGAACCACAAGAUAAAUCCUCGCAUGGUGACCAUUGGGAGGUUUGACGGAGUCCACCCAUGUCUCACUGCGGCCACGCAAGCAGGAAAGGUGUUUAUCCACAACCCCCAUAUUCGUGGCCACAGAUCUGUUGCCCACCGUCUGAGUCAAAGCACCCAGGACUCAGACAUCUCUCUGCUCAACAUCAACCAGACAGUUAGUUGUCUGACUGCAGGGACCCUGGGACCAAACACUACUGGGGACACAUUGCUUGUGGGAUCCCAAACCAACCUAUUGGCCUAUGAUGUUUAUGACAAUACCGAUAUAUUCUACAGAGAGGUGACAGAUGGGAUUAAUGCCAUUGUGUUGGGAAAAUUAGGGGACAUCCAGUCUCCUCUUGCCAUCAUUGGAGGGAACUGUGCUUUACAAGGCUUUGACUAUGAGGGCAAUGACCAGUUCUGGACGGUAACUGGUGAUAAUGUUAGAUCUCUAGUGCUGUGUGACUUCACUGGAGAUGGAAAAAAUGAGCUCCUGGUGGGAUCUGAGGACUUUGACAUCAGGGUUUUUAAAGAGGAUGAGCUUGUCUCUGAGAUGGCUGAAAAUGAGAUGGUGACCUCUUUGUGCUACAUGCACAGCAGCAGAUUUGGUUAUGCCCUGGCCAAUGGCACUGUUGGGGUCUAUGACCGCACUGCCCGCUACUGGAGAAUCAAGUCAAAGAAUCACGCAAUGAGUAUCCACGCCUUUGACCUGAAUGCUGAUGGAGUUGUGGAGCUCAUCACUGGUUGGUCCAAUGGAAAGAUUGACGCUCGCAGCGAUCGGACAGGUGAGGUUGUCUUUAAAGACAACUUCUCCUCCUCAGUGGCUGGAGUGGUGGAAGGAGAUUACAGGAUGGAUGGACAGAUACAACUCAUCUGUACCUCUGUAGAGGGAGAGGUGCGUGGUUACCUGCCAGCCAGUACAGAACUAAAAGGUAAUCUGAUGGACUCUAGUGUGGAGCAGGAUCUCAUCAGAGAGCUCAGCCAGCGCAGACAGAAUCUACUGCUUGAGCUACGCAACUAUGAAGAGAAAACAAAGGGUGUGUCAGAGACUGAUAGUGGGAUGGGUAUGAUACCAGCCAACACUCAGCUUCAGACAGCCCUAUCAGUCAGACCUGCUACAGAGUUUAUGAAGGCUCAUAUAGAACUCAGCAUCUCCACGCCAAACGAAACUAUCAUCCGUGUAGUUUUGAUCUUCGCAGAGGGGAUCUUUGAGGGCGAAAGUCAUGUUGUCCACCCCAGUGCCCAAAACCUAUCUGGCUGUGUACAAGUUCCCAUUGUACCCCCCAAAGAUAUACCAGUAGACCUGCACAUCAAGGCCUUUGUUGGAGGGAAAACUAGUACCCAGUUCCAUGUGUUUGAAAUUACUCGCCAGCUCCCACGUUUCGCCAUGUAUGACAACGCAGUUGACCCCACAGCUGCUCCACCCACCGGGAGAGUCUCCUUCAUCGUUAAUGACAGACCUCAGCGGGUGGUGAUGUGGCUGAAUCAGAAUUUCCUGCUUCCAGCGGGGAUAGAGAGUCCUGAUGUCACUUUUACUUCACUAAGGGGAGGAGGACUUUUGUCCAUCAGUAUGGCUAGCAAUGGACAGAUCACUCUGAGCACUGAUGACAUUGACCUAGCAGGGGACUUGGUGCAAUCGUUGGCCUCCUUCCUCGCCAUAGAAGACCUAUCAGUAGAGGCAAACUUUCCAGGCUACUUUGAAGAACUACGCAAUACCCUAACAGAGGUGGAUGAGUUCCACUCUGUCCAUCAGAAGUUAACUGCAGCCAUGGCCGACCACUCAAACUACAUCCGAAACAUGCUGGUGCAAGCAGAGGACGCUCGCCUUAUGGGGGAUAUGACAACUAUGAAGAAGCGCUACAGAGAGCUGUAUGAUUUGAACAGGGAUCUCAUUAACGAGUAUAAGAUCCGCUCCAACAACCACAACGCCCUGCUGGCCUGUCUCAAGUCUGUCAACCAGGCCAUACAAAGGGCUGGGAGGCUGCGAGUGGGAAAGCCAAAGAACCAGGUGAUCUCUGCCUGUCGAGAUGCCAUCAAGAGCAACAAUAUCAACACGCUGUUCAAGAUCAUGAGGGCCGGCACCGCUUCCUGCUGAGUCACGUCUGCAGAGAAAAACACGGUGAAAGAAAAAGGGAAACGCACUUGAGAACAUCUGAUUCGUAACAUUUUUGUAGCGUCUCAUCAUUUCACCACCCGUUUCCAGCACAGCACCAGUAUGGACCAAGUCACCAGGACAGCGGACCCAGAAGGACGUCUACAGGAAGACACCGGGGUAGUGAAAUGAGCACAGUAGCAUCAGUUUCUUUAUCAAAUGUUUUGUUGCUGUCAUCCAUCUUUGUGCAGUGACUUUAUGAAAGGAAACAUGUUGUAAAACCCGAGUUAGAACCUGCAGAAGUAUGUGGUCACUAACUCCAAAGCAUUUCCGUUAGACUUGAUUCAGCGUACGGAUACCGAGAAUAGUUUUGCACUAUGAGAAAUUAAACACCGCUGGCGUAUUGGCCUGGUGAGGUACUGAGGUUAACACUUUGUUAAUAAAGAUCGU